AAAGACAGAUGUACAUACAGCAGUUUUUGGUUAUUAUUUAAAUUUGUUAACUGCGACUUAAAAUGUGUCCAAUCAAAUUAAAGCAUAACCUGACUUUGGUACAUUCAAAAGAUGAGGUUGCGUUAGUUGAGCAAUAGUCUGGUUUACAUUGUAGACAACAAAUUGUCCCGUAUCGCACAAACAAGUAUGAAGGUAGUACUAGUAUUUGGACUGUUUUUGGGAACAACUUUGUGCUGUACUGAAGAUCAGUAUGAAUGUUUAGACGGACAAUGUAUCGAAUCGAGUCAGAAGUGUGAUUCCCAUGUUGAUUGCAGUAGAGGAGAAGAUGACAUGGGAUGUUCUGGUUGUGAAAGUUAUAAGUUUAAGUGCGGUUCUGAAAAUAAAUGUAUUAUCUGGCCUUGGGUAUGUGAUGGUAUGGAUGACUGUGAUGAUGGCUCGGACGAACGUGGGUGCACCAAUAUUUGUUGGAAUAUCGACAUCUAUGUCCACGGCAGUAGACGCAGUAUUACAAGAUCUAGUGCUGACAAAGUAGUAUCCAGGGGUCUCGACAAACGAUGGGAAGUUAAAGCUGCUCGCACAAAUCUGUACAAAAAGAAAAACGAAGCAGAGAAAAAAACUAAUAACAAUAAACUGGAAAAGCUAAUGUUGCUCCUGAAGGGAUUUGAUGGAAAAUAAAAAAUGGAAACGUUCGGAAGAAUAUCCUCACAAAUAACAGGAAUCGUCUAUGGACUAUGAUAUUAUCGUUAUUUUGAUGAAAAUAAAUCAUUACUAUCAUUCUUUACUUCUAUAUUAUCAGACAUAUAUGCCCUUUAAAUCCUAUAUUUUGUAUUAAUGUAAUACUUUAAGCUAUGAUUCAUUUGAUAAUAUCUUCCAAAGGUGUGGACAAUAAUUGGUGACAAUGCAUGUUUGUAUUGUAAAAUCUAAAUCAAUAUGAAAUAUAAAAGGUAAAGAUAUGCUCUUUGUUCUUUUAUAUAACGACCAAAAUGUUAAUCAAGUGCGAUUUAAAUAUCAUAUUAGACACGUAAUGAUAGUACAUGAUACACUGUAAUAUAUUUUCUGAUGGUAUUGCAUUUUACAUUAACAUUGCUCAUUCUUACUUCUUUUUCCUUAAUAAAAUACUUCUUGCAAAUGAA